AUGAACUUCCCUGGGACGAGCGGCUCUUCCGCCGCAAACAUGACCGGCUUCGGAGGCAUGGGAGCCGGCGGUACGCAGGGGAUGUCGGAACAAGAGCAGGCUAUGGUAAAGAUGAUGCAAAACGCUAUGGAAUCUUGUCCCCUCAAGACUGUCAUCUCCGGCGUAAUGGGAUUCGGUCUUGGUGGUCUUUUCGGCAUGUUCAUGGCGGGUAUGUCCUACGACUCCUCGCUUACCCCCCAGAGCCAAACCAUCGCCAACCUCCCUUGGCGCCAACAACUCAAGCACGGCUUCAAGGAUAUGGGGUCGCGCUCCUGGUCAUCUGCUAAGAAUUUUGGUAUCGUCGGCGCGCUCUACUCAGGGACAGAGUGCUGCAUCGAGGGACUUCGCGCGAAGAACGACCUCACAAACAGUGUGUCGGCGGGUUGUAUCACCGGUGGGAUCUUGGGUGCCAAAGCAGGCCCGCAGGCUGCAGCUCUCGGCUGUGCAGGCUUUGCCGCGUUCAGCGCGGCAAUUGAUGCCUAUAUGAGAAUGCCGGAGUCUGAUUGAGCUGCUGUGAGCUGAGUUGAGUUUGGGACUGUUUCUUCGGCGGCAAUGGCGUUCGGGUAGAUGGGCUGCAUUGUGUAUGGCGUUUGGCUCUGCGUUGUGGGUUGCGACUCGCUGCUCUUUUGUAUAGUACGAAUGUUAUAGACCAGAUUUAUAUUGGUAACUUACGUGUA